CCCGAUGCGCCCUAGGAUGCCAUCAAAUCUCUCGGCAAAUUCUCCUUGUCUCCAACUUCUUGCGAGCGUGAGCGAGAGAUCCCUGCUUGCUUGAUGGCGAAGCGGAAGUCAGCGAACUCGAAGAUGGCAUCGCGGAAGAAGCCGGCGGUGAAGCUGGACAAGAUUUUCUGCUGCCCCUUCUGCAAUCACGCCGGGAGCGUCGACUGCGAGAUCGACCGGAAGGAAUGGUUCGCCGUGGUCAAGUGCUUCGUGUGUGAGGAGAGCUACUCCACCAAGGCGCACGCCCUCACCGAGCCCAUCGACGUCUACAGCGAGUGGAUCGACGAGUGCGAGAAGGCCAACCAAGACGUCGACGUCCGCCGCCGCCGCCGCCGCCGGGACUCCUACGCGUGAAGACCACGACGUACGUGUGAAGGAUAGCCUGCGCGCCGUUCCGUGGUAGCUAGUUUCAGACGACAAAGAUCGGGUCGCCCUCUAGAUUGAGAUGCUUGACUCGUCCUGUGUGUGUCGAGUUAACUUUUACUGUACUCCGAUCUGAAAUUGUAGAUCGAUGAAACGAAUACUCAUUGGAGUAUGUUCUUUCUUGC